AUGAAUGAAGGAUUGAAGAAAUUUGAGUGUGGAGCGGUGGAAAUCAAGAACAAAAUCAUCGCCGUCAUCAUCACCACCAGCGCCGAGGAGGCCCGAAAAGACAACAAUGUGCGUUUUUUAGGUAUCAAACCGAAGAAAAUUCGGAAAAAAGCAAAUUUUUCGACAAAAUUUUGACUUGAAAUUGUAAAAUACGCUUUCCUCAAAGUAUGUUGCAUAUUUUCAGUGCUCGUUUGACCUGAAUUGGUGGCAGGAAACACCGGAUAACCUAUAUGUUAGCAAAGGAAAUGAGACGGACCUGGAUGGAGAAAUUAUCCCUGCCAAAUACCCAUCCACAUACUGCCCACACGACCUCUCGAAAUGCGAGUAA